AUGAUGAAUAAGGAAAUGAUAGAGGAGAUGGUGAUCGUAGGAGGUUUAGUAAUGGUUCAAUUUGUAUAUGCAGGCAAUUCUUUGCUCAUGAGUUAUUUGAUGUCACUCGGUCUAGGCCCUUUCACCAUUGUCAUACUCUCUACAUUUGCCACUUUCUUAAUCCUCUCCCCUUUUGCCAUUCUAUUCGAAAGGAAGCAAUGGCCAAAGGAUUUUAGCUCAAGGCUGAUUGGUAAGCUAGUUUUAAUCUCCUUAUUAGGGGUUACUCUGUUCCAGUCUCUGUUUCUACAAGGAAUCAAGUUGACAUCACCAGCAAUGGCCACAGCGAUGCCUAACCUCGCUCCUGGUCUCAUUUUCUUCAUCGCUUGGAUUGUUAGGUUAGAGAAGAUGAAUAUUAAAUGUGUGUACAGCAAAUUGAAGAUCUUAGGGACAUUGUUGUGCGUAGUCGGCGCUUUAACGAUGAGCUUAAUGCACAGCGCUUCGAUCAGACACAAUGAAGGAGAUAAUGCUUCCAUAUUCGAGUUUGAUCGAGACAGAGUCGUGGGAUGUAUUUAUCUUCUCGGAGCCGUCUUUGUUCUAUCCACCAACGUCGUUCUUCAGGGAGGGAUGGUGAGUGGAGCAUGUGUUAGCUUUAAUGGAUGGGCGAUGAAGAAACGUGGACCGGUUUUGGUUUCCAUGUUUAGUCCUUUCGCUACCGUUAUUUCGGUUGCUUUCUCCGUUCUGACAUUAGGAGAGUCCAUUAGCCUUGGAAGUGUGGGAGGGAUGGCGCUGAUGUUCAUAGGACUGUACCUUGUGUUAUGGGCUAAAGGCAAAGAAGGAUUCUCACAUGAGAGUUUUGAGAGUGAGUACGAUGCUAAGAAGCCUCUCUUGUCUUGA